AUGAUGCAGAUGGCCACUGUAUAUGUGUUUUUAGCAGGAUUUUUGUUCAUUGGGACUCAGGGCCUUUCCUAUUUGGACGCUCACAACAAGUACCGAAAAAUGGAGGGUGUUCCGUCAAUGAAAUACGAUAAAGCUAUUGAACAAAAUGCUGCGAAACACGCCAGUAAAUGCCUGUGGAAACAUAGCAGUCAAACGGAGAGACAGCAAACUCCUGGAUACAGCUACCUAGGGGAGAAUUUGUUCCUUCAAUGGGGUUCGGGAUCUGUCGCGUCGGCUGACUACGUGGUGGGACAGUGGUACGAUGAAAAAAAGGAUUACGAUAGAGCAAGCUUAUCUUGUACACCAGGAAAAGUGUGUGGUCAUUACACUCAGGUGGUAUGGGCUAAGUCCACGGCAGUAGGAUGUGCUGUCCAAACGUGUGCCACAAUGGUAGUGAACGGACGUCAAUACAGCAACGCAAUUUUUGUCGUGUGUCAGUACGGACCAGGUGGCAAUAUCAGAGGUCAAAGUCCAUUUCAACAAAGAAGUUUGAACGAAAGAUCCAGUACAAUGACAUUGCUCCGAGAAAUUGCUGAAAAGCUGCGAAGAGAAACAGCGGUCGGCCACGAAAUGAUUGGACCAGAGGACAACAUACAUACCAGCGAAACAGAGGAUAUCGAGGAAAGUUCUGUAGAGACUGUUGACGGCCCUCCUUCAUAUCGACGAGAAAAACAAGCUCUUACUUCUACCAUGGUCAUGUGA